AUGAAGCUUCUGUCAGCCUCACUGCUGCUGGCCUUGGUCCCCGGGGCGCUGUCACAAAAUGUCGUUCGGUUCAAUGUCACCAAAGGCCUCCCAGGCGUCCAUCUUAGCUCCGUGCCGUCGUUGGCGAGGAGGGGGACAUACUCGGAGCAGCUCAUUAACAACAUCUCGGGGGGCGGGUAUUAUGUGCAGGUGAAGGUCGGGACUCCCGGGCAGACGCUGACCAUGCUGCUGGAUACGGGCAGUAGCGAUGCCUGGGUCUUGGGCCACGACGCGGACCUCUGUACGGAUGAAGAGCUGCAGGGUCUCUACGGCAUGACGUGCACCGACACCUACAACCCCUCCGAGAGCUCGUCGAACAAGUUGGUGAAGAAGGACGGCUUCAAGAUCACUUAUCUCGACGGCGGCACGGCCGCUGGGGACUACAUCUCGGACGAUUUCAGCGUCGGCGGGACCACAGUCAAGUCAUUGCAGAUGGCAUACGUGACCAAGGCCGUCCGGGGCACCGGCAUUCUGGGUCUCGGCUUCAGCAUCAGCGAGCGGGCCGCCACCAAAUACCCCAACAUCAUCGACGAGAUGGCCAAUCAGGGUUUAAUCGGCUGCAAAGGCUACUCCCUCUACCUCAACGACCGACGGACCGACUCCGGGUCCAUCCUCUUCGGCGGCAUCGACACAGACAAGUUCAUCGGCCCGCUCGAGAUUCUCCCGCUCCACAAACCACCAGGGGGCAACUACUCCUCCUUCGAGGUGAACUUCACAUCCAUCACCGUGUCCUACACCAACGGCACGCAGCUCUCCAUCCCUACCACCAUCCUCGACCACCCCGCCCCCGCCGUCCUCGAUUCGGGAACAACCCUUUCCUACCUCCCCGACGGAAUGGUCCAACCCAUCUACUCCGCCCUAGGCACCAUCUACGACCCGGACCUGCGCAUGACCCUAAUCGACUGCGUCUAUCUCACCACCGAACCACAGCUCCACCUGGCCUUCACCUUCACCCCAACCCUGACCAUAACGGUGCCCAUCUGGGAACUCAUCCUCGACAUCCUGCCCCCCAAUUACACCCCCUCCACCUCCCCCAAACAACCCCCACCCCAAACCCGCCCAAGUAAAACAUGCGUCUUCGGCAUCCAAUCAACAGCCCUCUUCACCCAAACCGGCACACUAGAGUCGGACUCAAAAUCCCAAUCUCCCAGCACAGUCAACUUCACCCUCCUAGGCGACACCUUCCUCCGGUCCGCCUACGUCGUCUACGACCUGACGCACUACCAGAUCGGCCUGGCCCAAGCCAACCUCAACUCGACCUCCUCCACCAUCGUGCCGCUCUCGAGCGAGGGGACGAGCUUGCCGACGAGCCUGACAGGCGUCGCGGCGCAGCAGACCACCUACACGCCCACGCCGACUGCGACGACGAGACCCAAUGGGGAGAAUGGGAGGGGGUCGUCGUCAGCGGCGGAAAACGCUUCGUCGGAUUCUCUGAUGAGGGUGAAAUCUCUUGGUGAAGUACUCCGGGUCCUGGCAGUAGCGUGGGAUAUUGAGACGGGAACUAAGUGA